AUGCAGUUCUCUCUAUGGCUGUCCUCCAUGCUUCUUUUCUCGGCGAACUUUGUGUUUGCUUCUGCUUUCGUUGCGCCGUUUCGGACACCGUUCCUCCGAUUUUCUGCUUUGCAAGUUGCGGAUAGUUUCGCUGAUUCUGCUUUAACGAUCGCCGAUGCCGCGGCUACUCUCCGUGGAGAAACCAUUGUCGUCAAGUACGGUGGAAACGCUAUGACUUCACAAGACCUCAAAGACAUGUUCUGUCAGGACGUGGCAGCCUUGCAGAAUCUGGGUAUCCGUGUCGUCGUCGUUCACGGUGGAGGUCCCCAGAUUAAUGCCAUGCUGGAAAAAGUUGGAGUAGAAUCCCGAUUCGAGGGUGGGAUGCGAGUGUCCUCCCCGGAAGUUGUUGAAGUGGCCGAAAUGGUCCUCUGUGGAUCGGUAAACAAAGAAAUAUCGAGCAAGAUUUGUUCAGCGGGAGGUCAGGCAAUUGGACUAUCGGGGCGUGACAAUUCUCUGCUGCAGUGUACGAAACAAAUCAAUAAGGAUGGAAUCGAUCUAGGUAACGUUGGUGCCGUCAAAACCGUCAACACAAAAUUACUACAAGAUCUAUUGGACAUGGGUAUUUGUCCGGUCGUUUCCCCCAUCGGAACCGGUAUCGAUGAAGAAUGUGAUGUCGCAUACAACGUCAACGCGGAUGUGGCUGCGGGUCGUAUUGCGGGUGAACUCAAGGCUGCCCGGGUCCUAUUUUUGACGGAUAUUGCCGGUGUGCUUGACAAGGAAAUGCAGCUGCUCAAGAGUCUUUCAGUCAAGGAUAUUGAAGAUUUGAUCGAAGACGAGACAAUUACAGGAGGUAUGAUUCCGAAGGUUUCCUAUGCAACGUCGGCCGUCCAACUUGGUGUCAAAGGGGCGUUUAUCACGGAUGGACGAGUUCCUCACGCUCUCAUCAAGGAGGUCCUUGGCGGCGGCUCGGACGGGAUGGGAUCAGGAGACGGCGGAACCGUUGUCACUCUCUAAACCGAUUCUUAUUAAAACGUAAAGGGCUUCGACUAUAGU